AUGACGUCAAAUAGUCUAAUAAAAAAGGAAGAACAACCGAGUGACAAUAAAGAUCAAUCAUCUUAUUAUUUAAUCAACAUAUUUCAUCAACAUUAUAUAAUUUUAUCCAUCACAAUCUUAUUAAGUCUCAUCAUCUUCCAUUUUAGGUACAAAAUUAUAGCUUUUCAUGAUAGAUGGAGAACAAGAAGAAGAAUUCAACAAGGUUAUUAUAACAAUUUAAAUUUUGAUGAAGAAGAUUUAAUAGAUGAUGAUGAUAUAAAUUCAGAAUUCAGUCUAGAUAAUGAAUCCUUCGUGAAUGAUAUUAAUCAAGGUUUAAAUAGUUCGAAUUUUGAUGUUGAAAAUUCAAAUUAUCAAGAUUCAAGAAAAGGAUUAUCUAUUAGAGGUAAAAAAUAUAUUAAAAAAUUAAUGGAAACGGAUAAAAAUUUAACUUUUGAUGAUGCUAGGUUAAUUUAUAUUCAAAAUGAAUUGAAUAAAAAUGGUAUUAAUAAUGAUGGGUUACCUAAUGAUCCAAAAUUAGUCACAUUUUAA